AUGGAUAAUCGGUUUCGUUUUAUCUUUACGGCCUUAGGUUGCUCAAUUAGAGCAUUUCGAGAAUAUUGUCGUCCUGUUAUUUGUAUUGAUGGAGCUUUUUUAAAAGGACGUUAUUGGGGUACACUGUUUGUUGCUGUGGGUAAAGAUGGAAACAACCAAAUUUAUCCUUUGGCUUUUAGUAUGGGGGGAAAGGAAGAAACAAUGACUUGGACCCCUUUUCUGAGAGCGUUACAUGGGUGUAUAAGUGAUAUUCCAGAUUUGGCCAUCAUUUCGGAUAGACAUCAUGCUAUCAUUCACUCCGUGCGAGAAGUAUUUCCAAAUGCACACCACGGUUGGUGUAACCAUCAUAUAAAAGGUAAUAUGCGAAGCAAGUAUAAACAAACAAAGCAUAUAGAUGGGUUGUUUUGGCGAGCAGCGAAAGCUUAUCGAAUACCAGAUUUUGAGGAUGCAAUGCGAAUUAUUAAUGAAGAAAAUCCUUCAACAGGUGCAUAUUUACAGGGUAUAGACUAUAGACGUUGGGCCCGUGCUUAUGUCCCAGGUAUUCGAUAUAAUAUAAUGACAACAAAUAUUGCUGAAUCGUUUAAUGCCUUAGCACGACACGCACGAAAAUUACCGGUUAUGAUGCUACUUGAGUUUUUGCGUUCCACCAUUCAGAAAUGGUUUUACUCUCGGCGCACUAUGUCAGAGGCUUCUACAAAUAAACUCAGUCCGUGGGCUGAGGAGAAAAUAGCAGGUGAUAUCCUAAAAUCAGCUAACAUGGUUGUCAAACCAAUAAAUAUGCACCGAUAUGAAGUCCACGGUGUGGCCCAAUCGAUCGUUAUAGUGGAUCUAUGUGUGCAGGAGUGUAGCUGUAAGAAAUUUCAAUUGUCACAUAUUCCGUGUACACACGUUGUAGCCGUGGCCAGGUUUCAGAAUCUUUUUGAUUGUUAUCAAUGGGUUAGUAAAUAUUAUUCAACCGAAUAUUGGCAAGCAGUAUAUAGAGAGAGUGUUGAACCACUAGGAGAUCCUUCUGAAUGGUUACGUCCGGAGAAUCUUCCCACGAUCCAGCCACCUCUAAUGCAGAAUCGACGUUCAGGUCGACCAUCGGAACAAAGAAGGAGACCAUCGCAGGGGGAGGAAAUGUUUAGGAUGUGCAAUUUGAGGAGAAUAGACAGUACAGUGUAA